UAUCACUUAACACUCUUUUGAAAAUUAAUUGUUUUUGAAGAUUGAAAAAUGCCUUGCAGAAUAAGUGACACGGAUUCCAGUUCCGCUCGUUACCAGCCCAGUGUUAGAAUUGGUAACUGGGUAGAGGAGAAUUGUUUAGAAGAGGAUAAACUGGUUACCUUCAAGAAGCAGCGCGAUCGAGGAGAACUCUUGGUGGAAAAAGCACGUACUCUGUAUGAUAAUUUUCACAAGGAGAUCGUUUUGGCGGCCCCCAAAGAAAACAUUCUGUUCGGGGCUGUGGUACAGCUCAUGCCCAUUGUUAUGAAUAUUAUGGACUUGGACAGCGAUGACUUGAAUGCCGCCUUGUCCGUGGUGAUCAACGAAAAGGAGGUGCGGCGCACCCAAACCAUCAGCGAAGAUUGCGAGCUGUCGGUGGCGCCUUCCAGGCGGCCAUGUGCCCGCAAUUCCUUUCGGAUUGUCAGUGGAGAUGACCACGACCGGACUGGGGAAACGAUCAAGUAUGGACAAAAGUUUCGGAUACAGUGCAUGGCUUCGGAAAGUGAUCCCAUAAUGGUAUAUAGUGGACCAAAGCGAUGUGAUCUGCAGCAGGGAGUCAAUGCCACAUACUUGUCGCGGAAGCACGGCGAAGAGAAUCUCAACUUGGGUUUGGUUAACCUAAGUAAAUGCAGCUGUCCGGAUAGUGAUAUACCCAUAGCAUACACCAAUUGGUUUUGCAGACAUGUUGAUCCCAAGCAGCGUUUUGAAAGUGAAGGCGAAGAUAUACCUAGUAACUCUCCUUUGGUGAUUGUCCAUUCAACUACCAAUCGCAACCUGGCAGCUGAAAAUAUUUUAAUUCAGACCCUCUUUGGUCCAGAAUUUCUAGUUUCCGUUCAAAACUAUCGCAAUAUCUUCAAGCAUGAGAUCUGGAAGAAUGUGUGGAUGAUCAGUAAUGGACAUCAGCAUAGUUCUACAAAGAAAACCGGAGGGGCUUCGUCCCACUAAUCUUUAGGGGUUCUUGAACCAAAAUAGUUGGAUUUAAAAAGCAAAAA